AUGGCGACGGCGGACGUGUCUGGCGCAAAGAUGGACUGGAGCAUCUUCCGCGGCGAGACGACCAUGUCGGGCACGACCUUCUCCGGCGACUUGUCCUUCCAGUUCGCGGGCGGGCUCCAAUUCGACCGCGUCGCCUUCAAGCAGCUUCCCGGCUCGGGCGCAUCCUUCAAGGGCGCCCGACGCGGCUCCAACCUCACCAACGCGAGGUUCGUCAACGCCUUCCUCGGCGAGGCGGACUUUGGCGAGGCGCUCGCGCCGGGGAGCGACUUUACCGGCGCCGAGGCCACCAAGGCGGACUUCAUCAAGGCGGACUUGCGCGGGGCGUCUUUCCGCAGCGCAAACUGCGUCGACGCCAACUUUGGCGGCGCGUCCAUCGCCGGCACCGACUUUUUGGGCGCGGAGCUGUGCCGAGCAGCCCGACAGACGGGAACGAAUGAGAAGGCCAGUGAGGAGCGUGCGAGAGUAGGCGCAAAGCUGUGCUCGAGCCCCGACAUCAACACGAACGUGUGCGCCGAGUUCGACGUCCCCUUCAUGACCGGCACGCCGAUCAACAUGGACACGGCCGGGAUGGACAUGACCGGCUGA